AUGGCGAAACCAAAGUUCAAGACUGUUCAAGAAGUGGUUGCAGCCGGCGAAAGACUACCGGAAAGAUACCUCUACACAUCCACCGGCGACGGAGAAGGUGGUCAACCUUUCAACGGUUCGUUGCAAGAGAUGGAAAUUACUUCCAUCGAUCUUAGUCUACUCUUCUCUUCAUCUGAUGUCGGUCGAGAAGAGGUGAAUAAACUUCACUCGGCGCUAUCUACAUGGAGCGUUGUUCAGGUGAUGAAUCAUGGAAUCACAGAAACGUUACUCGACAAGGUUUAUGAGCUAACGAAGCAGUUCUUUGCGCUUCCGACAGAAGAGAAACAAAAGUACGCAAGAGAGAUUGGUAGUUCUCAAGGAUAUGGAAACGACAUGAUACUGUCGGAUGAUCAAGUUCUUGACUGGGUCGACCGCUUGUACCUCAUUACUUCCCCUGAAAAUCAACGAAAGCUUAAGUUCUGGCCUAACAUCCCAAUCGGAUUCAGGGAGACUUUAAAUGAAUACACAAUGAAGCAACAGCUAGUGGUUGAGCAAUUCUUCAAGGCAUUGGCUAGAUCGUUGGAGUUGGAAGAUAAUUGCUUUCUAGAGAUGCAUGGUAAAAAUGCUACGAUGGAGACAAGAUUUAACAUGUAUCCUCCAUGUUUGAGGCCGGACAAGGUUCUUGGGCUUAAACCGCAUUCUGACGGCUCGGCCUUUACUCUUCUCAUACCCGACAAAAAUGUCGAAGGACUUCAGUUCCUCAAAGAUGGGAAGUGGUAUAAAGCUUCAAUCAUCCCUCAUAACAUUAUGAUCAAUGUAGGAGAUACUAUGGAGAUAAUGAGCAAUGGAAUAUACAAGAGCCCUGUUCAUAGAGUGGUGCUUAACAGAGAAAAGGAAAGGAUAUCUGUGGCAACGUUUUGCAACGCUGAUAAGGACAACGAGAUUCAACCUGUAUAUGGGCUUGUGUCUGAGGCAAGACCAAGGUUGUACAAAGCAAUUAAGAUAUCUGAGAAGACCUACUUCGAUUACUAUCAACAAGGUCGAAGACCGAUCGAAGCUGCAUUGAUCUGA